GGGGUUUCACCAUGUUGGCCAGGCUGGUCUCAAACUCCUGACCUCAGGUGAACCACCUGCCUCAGCCUCCCAAAGUGCUGGGAUUACAGGCGUGACUCACUGCGCCUGGCACUCUUUCAUUUUCAUUUGAUUUGUUUUUCUUCUGUUAAAUUCAAGAAAAAAGUCAAGUACAGUAAUACCUUAUACUUCAUGAUCUAUUAACAUAUAUAAUUAGAAUCCCUUUUAAGUAAAAGUCUCUUUCUCACUCCCCUUAAUCUACAUAGAGAGAUGACUGAAAUUCUCUGAGGGUUAACGUGGUUUAUUCCCAGGUGGCAAAAUUUUCAGUGAUUUGUUGCUUUAUUCUUUGUACAUUUCCACAAGUCUUUGAUUUCUUAAUAAUGUGCAUAUAUCCAUUUAUUAAAAAGUCUUUAAGAAUGUAAAUAGCCCUAAAAGGUAUUUUUAAAACCCAUAAAACAAGUGUGUCAACAUGUAGACUUUUCUGGUUGAAGCGAGACAAUAAGAGGAAAGGGAGGCGGCUUCCAAAGCCUCACCCAUCUCCUCUAAGCUGCUCAUCGGGGACUAUGAGCAAACAUCACCCCUCCAGAGCCAUUUGUGCUAAGGUCUAUGAUUGAGGGCUGUGCCUCUCCUAACUCUACAUCUCCAGAUUCUGAUCCUUCAAAAUGCAAAAUACUUAAUUUCAUUAUUUUUCUUAACAAACACUUAUAUGGCACUUAAAAUGUGGCAAGCACUGUUAUAACUGCUUUACAAAUAUUAACUCAUGUAAUCUUCAUAAUAAUCCAAUGAAGUAGGUGCUAUGAUUAUGCACCUUUUACAGAAACUGAGGCACAGAGAGGUGAAAUACCUUUGUUGAGAAUGUGAAUACCCUCUUUGUAAACUACCAAGGAUGACAUUAUCUUCUGGGUAACCUGUGUGCCACUUUUUCACUCAGCUGUUUAAUCGAUAUUUGCUAGGCACUUACUGGCCACCCUUCGAGAUGCUAAUUCAUAGGAGGCAAUCAGCAAUGGAAACUGAUAACAGUUUAAAAAUAAGUAGACAAACAGGAGAGAAGGGAGAACCAGCUGGUGAAUAUCCAGGAUAUUCUCCGUACUGCCCUGCACGUUCCCCUUGACCCCAUGUGUUGGAAUGGCCACGUAGCUAUAGGAUAUUUCUGAUCUGUGCCUCAAAAUCGGAAUAAUAAUUCGUAUCAGUGCUUGCAAACUGCUGGCCCACAGCAUCCAGUUUCUGCAGGGUUCCAGUGCUACCUUUGAGUUAAGCCUACAGUGUUUUUUUCUAAAAAUCAAAAUCAUGUUUAUUCCACCAUUACCUAGAUACAAACAUAAAGUAGCUAUAAACGUCUAAUGUUUAUAAUACCAAUGAAUCAGAGCCAAAAAUAUUAUAAAAACCUUCACUACUUCUUAAGGAACAAAAUUCAAAUCAACAUUAGUUCAUGUCACACACAAAAAAUUAUGAAACACUUUGAAAUGGCCAGAAAAAGAUUACUGUCUAGUACACGUUUCCAGGUUUUCUCUGCUUUUUAUUGUCUUUGACAAUACAAAAUUUUACAAAUUUGUAAGCUGAGGAAAAUUGAUAGUAAUGAAAAUUUUUCUUGUCCAUAAAAUACAAAUGUAUAGUGUUAUACAGUGCCCAGCAGAGACAGUGAUUACAGCUCUGUGGAUAUUGACCAGUUUAACACUCAUGUGUAAAUACAUUUCAGCAUUCCUGCUUGCUUUAUGUAUUUUAUCUCUCUUUAUCUUUUUGAGACAGGGUCUUGCUGUGUCACCCAGGCUGGAGUGCAGUGGUGCAAUCAUGUCUCAGAGCAACCUCUACCUCCCGGGCUCAAAUGAUCCUCCCACCUCAGCCUCCCAAGUAGCUGGGAUUACAGGUGUCGCCGCCUCCUUUCUGCAGCCGCUGCCCGGGAGGGGUUCCGAGGUUCUGGGCAGCCACAGCCCCGGAGGCCUUACAGGAGCGACCUGGCAAUUCCCGCCGCCGGCCGCCAGAGGAAGCUGCUUUGCUGCUGUAGUUGCCGGGCAACUCGUAGCCCGGAAGCAGUACCGCGUCUCGCUCGGUUCGGCGGCUGCCACGCUCCGGGAGACUUCCGGCAGGGCGGGCGAGGGGUCUUGGCGAACGGUCUUCGGAAGCGGCGGCGGCGCGAUGACCACGCUACGGGCCUUCACCUGCGACGACCUAUUCCGCUUCAACAACAUUAACUUGGAUCCACUUACAGAAACUUAUGGGAUUCCUUUCUACCUACAAUACCUCGCCCACUGGCCAGAGUAUUUCAUUGUUGCAGAGGCACCUGGUGGAGAAUUAAUGGGUUAUAUUAUGGGUAAAGCAGAAGGCUCAGUAGCUAGGGAAGAAUGGCACGGGCACGUCACAGCUCUGUCUGUUGCCCCAGAAUUUCGACGCCUUGGUUUGGCUGCUAAACUUAUGGAGUUACUAGAGGAGAUUUCAGAAAGAAAGGGUGGAUUUUUUGUCGAUCUCUUUGUAAGAGUAUCUAACCAAGUUGCAGUUAACAUGUACAAGCAGUUGGGCUACAGUGUAUAUAGGACGGUCAUAGAGUACUAUUCGGCCAGCAACGGGGAGCCUGAUGAGGACGCUUAUGAUAUGAGGAAAGCACUUUCCAGGGAUACUGAGAAGAAAUCCAUCAUACCAUUACCUCAUCCUGUGAGGCCUGAAGACAUUGAAUAACCCUGGGCAGUGGUUCUUAGGCAGAUACUCUAGAUGCUUUAUGGACAAUAUUAUUUUCAUUGGAUGAUUCUGGAGCUCUAUUAGGAGAAAAGUAAUCAUUUUAGGUCUUAAAGACUUCAAGAAAAUACAGGUUAUCAAUUUAUUUUAAAUCUCGUUGUUUCCAGUUAGCAAUAUCAUACCUAUUAAAGCUGUUCAUUGUAACAAAAUUCAAUCAAAAAGGCAGCUAGGUCAGAAGGAAACAUACCACUCUCAUGGUUCAUAGUAUUCACUGUAUGUAUGCUAGGGAAGAGACUUGCUCCAGUCUCCUCCUUAAUUCUGUGCCCGAGAACCACUGCUGCAUAUAUUUGUUUUUAAAUUUUGUAUUGAACUGUUAAUUGAAGCUUUAAAAGCAUAUAUGAAAUGUAUAAAUCUAAGAUGUAUAAUACAUUGUUGACUCUA